CCAGUCUUUUUUUAUUCGUUCGCGAUAGCACUGGCGGUCGAGGGUUUGAUACUUUUUAACACGGUGUUUUCAAAAUAUGUGUGUAAAUUACUGUUUCACGAGUGUUUAUUUGUUAUCGAUAAGUGAAUAAUAUUGUGACAACUGUGUUCGAUACUUGUGUUAUGAAGUUUAGUGAAAGUUGACGGAAGUUUUCAAGGAACUUCGGUGUCUCGGGCGUAUUUACCUCAUGGCGGGGUCUGGGGGGCUUACAGAAUGGUCGGAGGGGGCGUCUGUGUGGUUCCAGCCAAGCGGAGCCUCCGCCCCGCUGCCCGGCCAGCUGCUGGAGGUGCACCGCGCCGCCAGGGUGCUGUUAGUGAGCGCCGUCGUCAAUGGCCAGCAACAAACCUUUGCCCUCCAAAUGGGCAAUGGCGAAGAGGAAGGCGAUCCAGUAUGGCCGCGAGAGGAGCUCGGCCCCACUGGUGUGGACGACAUGACCCGCCUCCACGACCUGCACGAGGCAGCCCUAUUGUGGAACCUGAAACUGAGAUACGAGCAGGGAUUGAUCUAUACAUACGCUGGUUCCAUCCUGGUGGCUGUCAACCCUUACAGACCCGUCGAUGCGUUGUAUGGACUGCAGACUGCUAGGAGGUACCACGCAGCGGAAGCCCUGGGCGAUCUUCCUCCCCACCUGUUUGCCAUAGCCGCCGCUGCGCGCGCAUCUCUACCUCAGCCUCAAGCCAUACUCAUCUCCGGCGAGUCAGGAGCAGGCAAAACAGAGUCCACGAAGCUAGCCGUCCAGUUUCUCGCCGCAGUGGCCCCAGCGCCCCCUGGGAGAGCUCCUGUCUCUGAACAAAUCUUAGAAGCAGCCCCAUUAUUAGAAGCCUUUGGCAACGCCAGAACGCCAAAAAAUCACAAUUCUAGUCGCUUUGGUAAACUACUCGAACUUUACUUCAAAGAUGGCGCUUUAGCUGGCGCGAGAGUUGCUCAUUAUCUUCUAGAAAAGUCCAGAAUAGUCACACAGUCACCGGGCGAGAGGAAUUAUCACGUGUUUUAUGAAUUGCUCGCUGGGUUAGACGAGGAACAGAGACGGACUCGCGGUUUAUUGACCGCGGAGCAUUACUUCUACUUAAAUCAAGGUGGUGAUUCUGGAGGAGCCGGCGCUGGCGCCGAUUGGUCAGCUUUAUGUGGUGCCAUGCAAGUCCUCGGGAUAGGGGACUCGGAAAGAGAAGAUAUUAUUAGAGUACUGGCUGCGGUGUUACACCUGGGCAAUGUGUACUUUCACAGGAGGCAAUUACGUCAUGGUCAAGAGGGAGUGCAAUUAGGAGGGGGUGCUGAGGUGCGUUGGGCGGCGCAUUUAUUGAAAGUGCCCGCAGAGGCAUUAGCGAGAGCACUGACUACGAGAGUGACUGCCGCUAGAGCUGAAAGAAUGAGGUCUCCACUGCCCAUAGACCAGGCUUUAGACGCCCGAGAUGCGUUUGCUAAGGCUUUAUACUCUUCGCUAUUCAACUGGCUGGUCCUUCGAAUAAACUCGAUAGUCCACCGCGCAGGACUACACGACGCUCACCGAAUAUCUCUCCUUGACAUCUUCGGCUUCGAAGACUUGGAAGAGAAUUCGUUCGAGCAGCUUUGUAUUAAUUACGCGAACGAAACUCUGCAGCAUUACUUCAAUAAGCACAUCUUCAAGCUGGAGCAGCAGGAAUACCAGAAAGAGAGACUGGAGUGGUCCAACUUAACAUGGAAUGAUAACUCUCCGGUGAUCCAGUUGCUAAGCAAGAAGCCAGUGGGCAUCCUGCACCUGCUGGACGACGAGAGCAACUUCCCGCGCGCGUCUGACGCCUCAUUCCUGGAGAAGUGUCAUUACAACCACGCCCUCAAUGAGCUGUACUCCAGGCCCAGGCUCGGCGCCAGCGAGUUUGGAAUAAAACACUACGCAGGCCAAGUGUGGUACAACGUGGAGGGGUUCCUGGACAAGAACCGGGACGCUCUCCGCGGGGACGUGCUGGAACUACUCUGCAGCAGCGAGGUGCCCCUGGUGGCCGAGAUGUCGGCGCAGUUGCGGGCCCAGCACGAUGCCAACAAAACUUUACCCAGAGGAGCUAAUGGCAGAUUCGUCACUAUGAAGCCGAGGACUCCCACGGUGGCAGCUAGGUUCUCGGACAGCCUGCACCAGCUCCUGGAGUCCAUGUCGCGCUGCAACCCCUGGUUCGUGCGCUGCAUCAAGCCCAACACGGACAAGUCUCCGCUCAAGUUCGACAUGCCGUGCGUGCUGGCUCAGCUCCGUUACACUGGAAUGUUAGACACCAUCAAGAUACGGCAAACCGGCUACCCGAUCAGGAUACCCUUCCAUAACUUCGUUGAUAGAUACAGAUACUUGCUGAAAUCGACUCCACCACGUUCGACUCCGUACAGAGAGAUAUGCAACUCCAUAUUAGCGGAAAUGCCUCCCACAGGAGCGGUCGGCGCGGACUACCAGCUGGGCGCGGCGCGCGUGUUCGUGCGCGAGGCGCUGCACCGCGCGCUGGAGCGCGCGCGCGCCGACAAGCUGCGCGCCGCCGCCACCACACUGCAGGCGCGCGCGCGCGGGUUCCUCGCCAGGAAACGCUACCGCCAAAUGCGUCAGUCGGCUGUGGCCAUCCAGUCGUGGUGGCGCGGCGCACACGCGCGCCGCCGCUUCCUGACGGCGCGGCGCGGCGUGCUGCGCGCGCAGGCGCUGCUGCGCGGCCGCCGCGCUCGGCGACGCUUCUCCAAACUCAAGGAGCAGCAUCAGAGGAGGCUCGAAGCGCAGCAAGCCGCCGCUAAACGUCGAGCAGCCGAACAAAAAGCACAGAAAGCGAAGGCAGAGAGCCUCCAAGUGCUAGAAGUGCCCGCGGAGCUUGCUUUCAUAUUGUCCAAAAUCGAUGAGUGGCAACCACCACAUUCUGAGAGGAACCUGGCGAAGGUGGCAGGCGACGUGUACUCAGAAGAGGAGUGCAUCCAGCUCCCGCGUGACUUGCAGCAGUUCGCCUUCUCCAAGUUCAGCUCCGUGUACUUCGCGGACGGCGGCCAACUCAGCCCUAAGAAACAUCCCAUCACAAGACCAUUCUUGUCUAAAGCUGCCGUCAGGGAUCAAGAUUUCAACGAUGCAGUAGCUACAUUCAAGCUGAUUCUGAGAUGGUGCGAUGAAUCUGCUGCUGGUGAUGAAGCGAGACAGAAGGUGCUAGCGGAUUACAUAGCGUCCCGCGGGCUUCAGUCCCGCUUGCUCCGGGACGAGAUCCUGGUCCAGCUGUGCAACCAGGCCAGUGGGGCUGGACCUGCCGCUGACCGAGUGUGGCAGCUGAUGGCGCACUGCUUGGCUGCGUUCCAGGCUCCGGUGCCGCUACACAAAUACCUAGUCCGCUUCGUGUCGGAGCGCGCGCCGAGCCGCUUCCGAGCUCAGCUGCUGCGGCUGCUAGGCGCGGCCGGCGCGGCCGAGGCGCGCGCGGCCGGCCUGCCGCGCCGCUGCGUGCCCACGCUGCUGGAGUGGCGCGCCGCCCGCACGCACGCCCGCCCCGCCCUGCCCCUCACACUCUACACAGAUGCAGUGCACCACGUGUGCGUAGAAUCGUGGACGACGUGCGCCCGCGCAGCCAGCCAAGCGUUGUCAGCCGCCGGCAUUGCACAUGACGCGCAGGGGUGGACGCUUACGAUGGAACACAACAAUCAACUAACAGAAUGGGCGGGCUGCGAAUACGCGUUAGACGCGGUGGGUGAGAUCGAGAUAUGGAGCGCGAUGCCCAGCGGCCGCAGCGAGGCGCUCCGCGCGACCGCGCCCCGCGUCUCCUCCCUGCAGCCGCCGGCGCCGCCGCCCCGCGCCUCCUCGGUUGACGACCGCGCUGCUAGGCCGCAGGUACCACCUCCUGAACCGCCGAAAUCCCGUUCACCAAGCAUUCCACGCCUACUACAAGAUUCCAUCGAUGAAGGCCUUUCAGAAUACAACUGGAAGAUAGAACGUGAAGAAUCUCACGCCAUUUCCAAACACAACGACUAUUCUAGAAAAACCUCCCACGAUAUACUCUCAAGGGAAUCGGCUCUCAACGAGCGAUACUUCGAUCAAAACAAUGAUAAAGUUAGAAGCAGAUCUUUGGAUAACCUGCUCGGAGACAACCCUGUGCCUCAGCAAACGAAGCUCGCUGAUUUGGGGCUGUCGCAAUCUCGUCUUAAUGAUCGCUAUCACUCGGUGGAGAGGUUAGGCGGCGCGCCGAGUGUGACCAGUAGUAAAGGAGCAAUGGAAAUGGAAUACGGGACGGGAUCUCGAGCGGUGCCGUCCCGGUACAUAAAGUCGCAGUACGCGGGCAAGCGGGCGCCGGCCGGCUCGCAAUCUAGUCGCGCUUACAUCGAAAAGAGCUCAGAAUUCGGAGGUGUUAGAUCAUCAGCUAUGUCAGACACUUCAGAAGCCCCAAGUUUGGCUUCGCAUGUGCGUCGCGUACGAGUGCCAUCGCAAGCUUCCGAUGUCGACCAAUUCUUAGAUGACCUAUUCUCACCAGUCCUAGACCCAAAUAUAGACGAACUAUCAGACGCUCGUUCUUUGGCAGCCAGCAUCAAGGGAGGGAAGAACUACGCAGCGUUUAUCGACAGCAUUCUAAGCUGUGAUUUUAAUGAACAAAUCAAUACACUCGACAGUGAAGAUGUAGGUCGACUCAUCAAAGGAGGCGGCAAAGAUGAGAAAGAUAAAACUAGCAGGAAAGAAUCCAGCGUAGAUUCUGUUGAUGAUUAUAUCACCAACCUUUUCGAUCCAAUUUUCAUGAACGAUAGCCUGAAGAGACUUACUGAUGGAGAAGGUCUUUCGGAAGUUAUUAAAGGCGGUGGUGCAACGCCAAGGGCAGCCUCUGCUAAUACUUCGGCUCUAAGUUAUGGAGGAUUGGCGUUACCACCGACGAUGCCGACCACUCCUGAAGCAUUAGCGGCCGCAUUAGGCCUCCAUCUUCCUCCACCAGGAACUGUCGAUAUAAAUGCGUACCACCAAAAUCUACAACGAGCGUUCUUACAAAGCGCAAUGGCACAAAAUUUACAAAUCCAGCAACAGUUAUUAGCACAAAAUCAAGCGCUGCAAACUCUAUUGGCGGGACAAGUUGUGGAGCCAACUGAAUCAGAACCAACUUCGCCAGUCAGAUCAUCUACCGUAGUACAUGCACAAGUACACUCUCCGCCGAGAAUAUCAGUCAAAUCACGUCGCGAGUCCAACGAAAGUUCAUCGACCGGAGCACCCCCUCCUCCUCCUCCGCCGAUGCCCCCACCACUACACGCAACAGAUCCUUCUGAAGUCCGUCCUUUCAUGGAUCCUUAUGGCCGAGCGAAAACAGUACGCAUUGGCAAAUGGAGAUGGCCUCCGCCUAAAGACGCGACUGGACAAGACCAAACCCAAGAUUUCACAAAAUUUAAGAUGCGUCAGAUUCAACGAAGAAUCACACCUCAAGCGCAAACGAAUGGCGUUGAACACGAACCGCCUAGAGGUCGAUCUCGGUCUGAAGCGUCUCCUGGGAUCGAAUGGGAGGAGUUUGAGGUCGACGGGCCCGUGUCUCCGAGUAGAGAACCUCCAAGUCAAAGAACUGCUAGAAGAAGCUUCGAAAUCGGUGCGCAAAGGCCUUCUCCAGGCAGCGUUGGGAAACUUAAACUGAGUUCUGAAAUGAGGCAGAGGUUGGAGCGAGUGACUGCCAACCACUCCGUCCGUAGCUCAUCUUCCGCUGCGGAAACACCUCGAACUGUAAAUAAACUGGAAGAUACCAGAAAGUUAAUGUUAGAACGACAAUUAGGAGGUGGUGGCCGUUGGGAUGCUCCACCUCCGCCUUUACCGCCAGCGCCACCGGGUCCUGCUCCUCCUCCCCCUAAAUCUCCCCCAACACCUCCUGACAGACCAGCACCACCCCCACCAGCCCCUGAUGCUUCAACUUUCGCUCAACUCAGACGUGACAGAGACACGUUUGGAGUACAUCAAAACAGAGAAGCGGACGACCGUCACGCGUUCCUCGCCAACUGGAACUCGAGGAGAAAAGACGAGUCGGAAACUUCUCGCGACGACUUGGCUUCCCGUUUCCUGACGUCAGAUCGACGGGACAGAAAUUCCAGGAACCUUAGAGAUGAUUGGGGCGACGAAUCCGAAAUUGGGAGGAGUUACAAUGAAGAUAGACACCAAGGUCGGGACGAGUGGGAUUCUGAGUCGGGUGUAGACAGUCGUCGGGAUCGCGAUAACUUCUCCGGCAGAGAAGCAUCUGAGAUUUACGAAAUACAUCCAGCAAGGGCUGAGAGGCGCAGAGAUGAAAACGGUGUAGAUGAGGCGUUCGAGAGCAAGCGAUCGCCUUUCUAUGACGAUUUUGAGAGAUUCGAUGGGAGGAAAAAUUCGAGAGACAUGCUGGUCGGUCGGGCAAGAGAUAGUCCGCGGUCUGAUGUGGUGUUCCCACCGGAGAACGGGGACUUGAAGAGGACAGAAAGAGCCACGUUCAAAACACACAUGCAACAAAAGGAAAGAGACAGAAAGAUUGAAGCGGAAAGGAGACAUUCUGUGUCCACGCAUGUAACGGACCGAACUGAACAUAUCGAGCGUGACGUGCCGGCGCCGGCGGCCCUGCUGCCGUCGGACCGGUCGUUCCUGACGUACAGCCGCGUGCCGUGGAAGCUGCGCGUGCGCAAGGAGCUCUUUACGCCCGUGGAGACCUACAACGACCCCGCCAUAUUGGAUUUACUCUAUUUACAGAUAGUGCACGACAUCAAUUCUUCCAUGCCGUCACUCCGGAUGUCAACGAGUGAGAAGCGCGCAGGCGCCGCGUGGCUGCGAUCACAAAAUGGCGCCACGCCGCGCACGCAAACCAAAAGACAAGCCGUAGAAAUGGCCAGGUCUUGGCCGUUUUACUUCGCGAGAUUAUUCGCGGCGAGGGUACCGCCUGGCGAAAGUGCGGUGCUUGCCGUUUCGCAUAGUGCUGUUACUAUUGGAGUUAAAGGUCCGGCGGGUCUGGCCGUGCGGCGCUCGCUGCCGCUGGGCGGGCUGCGUGCGACGUCGCCGGCGCCGCAGUCGCUGCAGCUGACGGCGGCGCGCGAGCCCCCGCUCACACUGCACGUGCCCAGCGCGCACCACGCGCAGCAGCUCAUCGCCGAGUUCGCGCUGCACGCUCAGAUUCAACAAAAACCAACUACAAACGGAGUGGCGAAAGAACGCGUGACAGAACGUGACAGCAGGGAAACUAGGGAAUCCCGGGAAACCCGGGACUCGCGGGAAAUUCGAGAAAUCCGGGAAUCGAGAGAAUCUAGAGACGAGACAGAACACAUAGAGAGAAGAGCACAGACCUCCUCGCCCAUACCCAGGGAACGCGACAGAGAAAGAGAGAGAGAUAGGGAGAGGGACGUGCGGGAAAGGGACGAAAGGAGAGACCAGUCAACGCCGCAGCAUGAUGGAAGACAUCCACUACUCCAGUUUGCUGUGGACCACUUCAGACAGAGUCCAGAACUAGAGAUCCUAAAAGCGGAUUCGUCAUUGAAGAGCAAAGCGAAGCGUAACGAAUGGACAUGGAAGGCACAGACGGACGUCGUCAAAUGGCAGGCGUCGCCUCUGCGCGCGCCACUACUGCGUCUCCCCGCUGCGCUUGCGCCGCCCGCGCUGGAGUGCUUCACGUGCGUGCGGGCGUACUGCGGGGACCUGCCCCCGGCGGAGAGGGCCAUGCAUCAAGACCUGACUGAAGUUAAAUGUGUUUACACUGUGUUGAUGCAUUGCCACGCGGUGCCUGAGCUCCGCGACGAGGUGUACUGUCAGCUGAUGAAGCAGACCACGUCCAACCGCUCCCCCUCUCCGGACUCCUGCCAGCGCGCCUGGCGGCUCAUGUCCAUACUGGCGGCGUACUUCACAUGCUCAGACACGCUCAGGCCGUUCCUAGUGGAAUACCUGUCAGCGGCGGCGGCGGACCGGCGCCGGCCGUGCCAGGGCACGGCGGCCGUGUGCCUCGCCAACCUGAGGAAGACGCUGCGCUGCGGCGGCAGGAAGAACGUGCCCAGCGUCGAGGAGGUGACGGCGGUGUCGGCGGGGCGGUCGGCGCGCCGCCAGCUGUACCGGCUGCCGGGCGGCGCCGAGCGCGUCGUCAACACGCGCUGCGCCACCGUCGUGCAGGACAUCGUCAACGAACUCGCUGAUCUGAUCGGCGUGACAAGCGAAGCGGAGCGGGCAGAGUUCUCCCUCUACUGCAUAGUGGCCGGCGACGCCCUCACCAUGCCGCUAGCCAGCGACGAAUACGUGCUAGAUGUCACCACUGAGCUGCAGAGGGCGCACCAUCCCUUCUACCUCAUAUUCUGCAGAUCUGUGUGGCACCACCCCCUGAGGACUGACGCCCCACCUCUUUAUACUGAAGUUCUAUUCAACCAGGUGGCGCCAGAUUACUUGGAAGGCCUACUCCUAGUGCUCCCCGGGGGCGGAGCGCCCGGCAGCGCGGUGCUGCGCGACGCCGCGCUGGUCGCCGCGCUGCUGCACCGCGCGGCUGCGUUGCCCGAGGCCCCACACCCACGAGACUUGAAGUUCUUACUGCCAAAGCCGCUGUUGGCCUUGAGAGAGCCCAGGCCUAACAAGUGGGCCUCCUGGGUGGCGGCCGAAUGGCCCGCUGCUAGGGCGUUGACCCCAGCAAUGGCGAAAUCUAAAGUGUUGCAGGUGCUGUCCCGCUGGCCACUGUUCGGGUCGUCGUUCUUCGCGGUGCGGCGCGUGAGCGCGCCCAGCCUGGGCGAGUGCCGCGAACACGUGCUGGCGCUCAACCGCCGCGGCGUGCAUCUGCUGCAUCCCGCCACGCACGAGACCGACACGCACUGGCCUUACAGCGAACUCAUCUCCACCAGGAAGGUGCGGUCGGAAGACGGCACCCUGUUCCUGGACGUGAAGUGCGGGUCGCUGCUGCAGCAGCGCGUGACGCGGCUGCAGGCGGAGCAGGCGCACGAGGUGGCGCGUCUCGUGCGCCAGUACGUGGCGCUGCAGCGCGACCAGCGCCACGACGAGGGAUUCACCGGUUGAGCCACCAGGAUGUGAACAGUAGUGCCUCAAAAAGAACUUAAUGUGCAGUGUGAUUAUACUCCCAUUUAUACAACUUUACCUCAUACUCCAACAUAUCCGUCCACUGAAUCUCCAAUACAUCUUAGGAUUGUUAAAAUAUAUUUGAUUAAAAUGAGAAUAGGAUUGCUAGGGCUCAAAAAAACGCGCGUUCCUUUUUACCGAACCGUGUCGCAUGUUAUUAUACUUCUAUUUUCAUUUUGGUCAUAACCUGUUUGUAAGGAGAUCAUUUAGCUGUAGUUGCGAGAACAUUCCAAGAUUGUAGAAAUAUUAUUCAUAUUCAUUUUGUAUUGUAAUUUAUAUGAUUUAUUUUAUUAAAUUGGAAAAUGUCAUGUAUUAAAUUAUCAAUUUAUUUACAUAAACAUGUAUGUUAUUUUAUUGUAUAAGUACUUUUAUAAUUUAAAUAAAAAAAUAUAUAAUUAAAGAAAAUGCAAAGAAAGUACUUAAAAACUUAAAUGAAAUAGUAUUAAGUUUUAUUUAAAAUUAAUUGUAAUGCAGCAUGCUCUAAACAUAUUUACACCGAUAUUAUUAUGGUCUUUUGUAUAAUGUAAUGUUAUUAUAAUCGAAACAUUGUAUGGAAUGCGUAUUAUGUUAUAAAUAGUAUCGUUUUUUCCAUCAUUUUUUUUUGUUAACAUUCAUAAAAACUUAAUAAUUACCACACUUCUUAAUUCAGAAGUAAGUAACUAAGUAUUAUGUGGUAGUACUAAUAAAGAAGUACACGUAUUAAAAAUACAUAUUUUAUCCCUCCUUAUUUUAGAAUAAAUAUGUAAUGGAGAAAUUCAGUUAGGUUUUGUAUACAGCAGACUUAACAAUAGUAACCAAACUGCUUAUUUCUUCAUUUAUGUAUACGAUAUUUUCAUCGCAUAUUUAUUUGUCAAGCUACAUUAUUUUUGAAUUGUAUUUCUGUGUGCCUUACUAAGAGUCUGUCUUCCACAAAUUCUAUAUGGAGGUGCUAUUUAGUAGUAAAUCAUAAUAAUAAUAAUGCAUAAUUGAUUUUAUUGAAUACAUUCCUUAAUGUAGUUGUCCAAAGACCGUAAGGUUGGAGUCAUAUUAUAAUAAUUAAAGUUAUGUCAUUCAUGUAAUAUAUUUAAAACAAUAUUCGAUGAAACAUAAUGUAGAUACCAAUAAAAUAAAAGUUAUAUUUUUUA